GAACCAAGUGAGGGACACAGUGAAACCCGAAGACACUCGCAUCUCUCCAUUCAACCACAACCCACCUUCGGAACCUCACGAUGUCUUGUCACAACUGCUCCACCAACUACAGCUUGGGAUCCCUCAGCAAUCCCUGCCAUCUUCCGCUCACGUCCUCCAUCACCCUCUGUUCCACGGGCGUGAGCUGUGGCGAUGUCCUCUGCUUGCCCAGUAACUGUCAAGGCCAUCUCCGGCCUCUGGACAACUGCCAAGAGGCCUGCAAUGAACCAACCAGCAGCCAGCCAGCCCCCCACGAGCCCAGCAACUUCGAAACUUCUUGCUGCCCUUCUACUACUUACUACGUGUCCAGACCCUGCCAAGGAACCACUUUUCUUCCUGCCGGUUCUUACGUCUCUGGCUCCUGUGUCCCCAUCUCCUACAGGCCUCUGAGCUAUGUGUCCAGCAGCUGCCGACCCCUCAGCCUCCCUACUUACGGAUGCCGCCCCUUGAGCUGUUUGCCCUGCAAUCCUCAAUCGCUUCACGUUGUGCCAAGUGGCCUCAGACCUCUGCGUCCUCUCCUCGGUGGGUGCCAACCUCUGACCCACGUGUACAGCACCUGCCGUCCAUCCUGCUCUGCGCUGGGAGGCCAGUAGCUUCCUUGUUCCACUUAAUAAUCAUAUGCUAAGGAUCCAGGACAAAAAUGCAAACUCUGGGGACUUUGGGUUCUUUCCUAAUAGUGCCUUUCCUUGCUUUACUGUGCCUGAUGUAGUUCAAGCCCCUCCUUUCAUAUUUUUAUCUUUUUAUUCAUCUCUCCUUGGCAUUAAGUUAUUUGAUGUACAACGUGGUUCAAUGUCAUUCAGAUGCGGGAAGAAUUUAUUCGGUUCACGUUGAAAUAAAUUGGAUUAAGUCAAAAUUAA